AGCCUUGGCUCAAGCUGCCUUGGAGCUCUGACGCUCAAUCGCGCAUGCGUAUUGUCGUGGGCGCUGGCGAACGCUCUUCCCCCUCUCGCCUGCAGCUCAGCGCCUUUGUUGCUGCUCCUGCGCCAUGGACGAGAGCAAGGUGACCGUUUUGGACGACAGCCCAGAGCGCGAGUUCACGGAGACGGAGAUCCGCGAGUACGGCGAGUUCCUGGGGAUCGAAGGAGCCCCACCUCGUCUGGAUCGCCCGCGAGGGCGUGGCCGCGCCCGUGCCGGAGCCGUGGCGGCCGUGCACGCAGAACAACGACGACGUGUUCUAUUUCAACUUCGAGACUGGGGAGCAGCGUGUGGGACCACCCAUGCGACGAGAAGUAUCGCAGGACCGAUUGUGGAGGAGGAGCGCGCGAAGUUCAGGCAGCAUGCAGCCACGGCUGAGGCGCUGGGGGAGGAUCCCGAUUCGGACGCGCAGAGCCUGUCGGGUAGCCAGACCGCAUGCUGCUCAAAGUCCAGCGCUUCCAAGGCGAAGGCAGUCGAGGCUGUGGCGCUUGGGAAGGAGGCCGACUCAGACGCGGAGGGCCUCUCUGCCAGUGGGAGCGCAGGUGGCUCGAAGUCUAGCGCCUCCAGGGCGAAGGCAGCCGAGGAUGUGGCGCUGGGGAAAGAUGCCGACUCGGACGCGGAGAGCCUGUCUGCCAGUGGGAGCGCGGGCGGUUCGAAGCCUAGCGCGCCCAGGUCGAAGGCAGCCGAGAACGGGGCGUUUGGUACGGAAACCGACUCGGACGCGGAGGGUUUGUCCAGCAACCAGAGCGAAGGUGGCUCGAAGCCUAGUGCUUCGAGGGUCGAGCCACCCGAUGCUGAGGCGCUGGGGGAGGAGCCCGGCUCGCACACGGAAAGCCCAUCAGGCAUCCGGGUCGAGGGCGGCUCGAAGUCGAACUCUUCCAGGGCGAAGGUAGCCGAGGUUGGAACGCCUGGGAAGGAGGCGGGCUCGGAUGCGGGGAGCCCGUCGGGCAGCCAGAGCGACGCUGGCUCGAAGUCGAGCUCGUUCAGGGCGAAUGCGGGCGAGGCUGGGGCGCCAGGGAACGAGGCCAGCUCGGACGCGGAGAGCUUGUCCGGCAGCCGAAGCGAUUCCGGUGCGUGCAGGGCGAAGGCCAGCUUCCCCCUGCCGUCUUCCCUGCUCUCCCCCACCGGCUCGUCGAAGAGCUGCAGUAUCAGCGCGGGGCUGCGGGGGGUGCCCGAGGAUGACGACUUCUGCACCUCGCCCUCCUCCUCGUCUGCCAUGGAGGGGCCCACGCGGGCCCGCGCGGCCGAUCGCCACGAGGAGGCCUCCGCCCCGGAGGCGCCCUUCACGCCCGCGUCGCCCGAAUCCCGCGGCCGUGCCAGUGGCCCGCUGGGCAGGGGCAGGCCUUCCCCGCGGGGCAGCGAGGCCGACGAGAGCUUCUCGGGGGGCUCGGCCUCCCAGCUGUCCCCCUCGGCCGCCUCCAGAGGAUCCGGGGCGGCGGCGGCGGCCUGCAGCAUCGCCGGCCCGCCCCCGCCGCCGCCGCCGCCCUCGAGGAGGCCAGCCCAGGGCGCGCGGCGCCGCAGGCGGGGCCCUCGGCGCCCGCCGCCGCCGCUGCGGGCGCCACGCCGCGCGGACGACGCGGCGGCGGACGCGUCGGCGUCCCUGGAGUCGGUCAGCCGCGGCAGCGCCCGCGACCCAGUGGCGCCGCCGGCAGGGCCCCGGCGGAGAGGGCUGGACCACUACGCGGCGUCGGCGAGCGCGGCCAGCGAGAUCUCCGAAGAUCUGGUGAGCAGCAGCAGCUGGGCGGAGGCCAGGGACAGGCGGGCGGCGCCCGACGCCGCUGGCGAGACGCUGGAGUUCUCCGCCUCCGCCUCAGACUUCCGGGGCCUCUCGCCGACGCCGCCGGCCGACGGGGGCGCUGCCUCGCCGAAGGGCGCCGCGGCGCCGCCGCCGGCCGCCGCCGCCGCGGCCUCGCUAGCCCCCACUGGCACCUCGGCGGGGUGCCGUCUGGAGGCGAGGCUCGCGUCGCUGACGAGGUGCCUGGAGAUGAUGAGGGACAUCCGCGUCAAGCAGGAGCAGCGCCUGCGCUUGCUUCAGGGUGUGGCCGUCCGACAAUGACGCAGCAUGCCCGGCUUCGGGCCUGUCCCCGGUCGGGGAAAA